GACUACAAACCUCCCAUUGAGUACUUUUAAGUUGAAAGAUUCUGCUUUUAUCAUUUUUUCGAAUAAACACAGUACCAAGAAUAGGUAACCGACAGAGGGAAGUAUUAUCUAGUACGCGUUUCAUUUGUUUGCUUCUGAAACUGCUUCUUAAUUCAUGCCGAUGCACAAUCCUUUCUCAAUUUAAUCAGCUUUGAUGCAGUCCGUUUAACUUGAUUUUUCGAUUGACUUCCUCUAGGCUAAAAUGAAAAUCAAACAAUUGUUAGGACUCAUACUAUUAUGGUGUAUCGAUGAGUGUUCCGGCCAGGGUAUCACUAUAGUCAACAACUGUACAUGUAAGACAUUCGAUGGAGGAAUCUACAGCUUGAUGCCGCUGCGUAGAACAGACGGAAAACCAAGGUACACAAGGUUGUCAGUACAAUCGAUAUUCACAGCCUCGGCAUCAGUGCUGCCUCGAUGGUUUUCUUGUUGGGUUCAUGGAUACUAAAUGAUAAAUACAGUCAUUUUUGCUAAUUUUGCUACCACUUCUUGUACAUGAAGAAGUGGUAAGUGAAUAUUUGGUCUAUCACAGGACAAAAGCAGGAUAAUUUUUCUCGACGUAGAGAAAAACAUCACAACAUCUGAAGGGGGCGUGAAGAAAAUACUAUUUUACUGCUCUUCUUUAAAGGAAUUGUACUCUGAUGAACUAAUUCUGUGUAUCUUAUACUUAUUAUGUAUAUCUUUAAUAUACAUAAUCAAUUGAGUUGAUAAUGUGUAUUUUGGCCACCGAAAAGAGUUUCUAAAGCUGACGCCUCGAGCGUUAGCCUUCGUCAUUCGUUCUGAGGUCAAAACCCCAAUAUCAGCUUUAGAAACUCUCUACGGUGGCCCAAAUAUACAUGAUUAACUCAGUUGAUAAAACCAGAUUACCUCGUAAUUCUUAAGCUGAUGAUGACAUGUUUGAAUCAAGUAGAUAUUGUACCAAGGAGUUUCUCAGUUUUUCCCAUGUAUUUCAGAGACAACUCAUAUUUACCGAGUGCACUGACAUUUCGAUAGGAUUACGUGACUCAGACGGUUUCUCUCAAUGUUUUUAAAACAGGUUUUUGAUUCCUGGAAAGAAAUAUCCUGGUUGGCGAUACACGUACAAUCCUUGUACGCCUGUAGAUGUGGGAGAACAUGAUCCUGAUGCCGAUCCUCACAAAAUAUGUCGAGAUGUUGCUGUGAGUUUAUCCUGUGACUUUUGACUGAUUUCUUUUUAAAACUUAAACGCUUCCGUUACUGCUGUUAUCAUAAUUGCUUUUGUUUACUUUUUUCUGUUGCUGAUAAAAAUUAGUUGUUUUAAUGAUUUUUAUUGUUUCUGGCGCUAAUUGCAGCUUUCUGGUGUUUUAAUUGUGGUUCUCUCUUCCUCUUUUCUUACAUACCUCCUUUGCAGACUGCUCUCUGUUUUCAUGUGAAAAAAUUACGAUCAUCUCCUUUUGUAACGUUACUUAAUUCAACUAUGUAUCAACUUCCUAGAUGAAAUGAUUGCUCAUUUCAAUAUGACAUAGUUACUAUGGGAAAGAUUUUUCAAAGAUUUCUUUUUUGACAUUUGAAUUACUUGAUAAGAACGGUAAGUUUUAUGCUCAUGGUUUUUCUUAGAAAUAAAUUGUCGUUUCGAUCCCUCCAGAUUUGCAAAUACGCAGAGAUUGAAAAACCGCGCGAGUACUUUGAGGUUGGUUUGCAAAAAGACAUCAUGUGUGACAUAAACCAAGAAGGACAGAUAGAGCUCGUGUAUAAGACCAAGUAAGCUUUUUUUCGAUUCCCUACCAUGUAAUUAACUAAUUUUUGCUAAGAAAGAUUUCCUUCUAUUAAGCUUGUUUGUUGACUGAAAGGCAAAGGUUGCUGAUAUCACUUUCGCAUCUUGAUCCAGAAUCCGUAAGCAUGUCAUUAUGGAGAUUAUAAUAAAUUAAACAUUUUUCUGUGCGCAAACUGGUAACAGCAAGUGCUCUGAAUUUCUUUGGGUGAAGAAAUAGAAUUUAAACCUUCAAGAAACCUUUCACGUGCCAGGACUAAAAGAAAUUCAUCAGAUAUCUUCGGAUCAACCAAAGAUGUGCGUGCGGGAAAAAUUACAUUAACUGUCAAUUGACUUGAAUGUGACCGGUCAACUUUACCAGGGCUCGUUACAUUUAUAUGGAUAGAUUUGAUCCAAUUUGCUUUCCCAAACAUAUUUACGAUGAAUAGACAACAAAUAUCCUAUCUCUUAAAGCUGACUCUAAGUCAAAAUUUUGAACCUGACAAAAUCCUUUGCUUUAAAGCGAUCCUAGUAUCGACAAUCCACAUUCCAGAGUGGUGUUCCUGUGCGAUGAGUCAGCUACAGAGCCAGAUUUUGAAACCGUGGAUGAAGACAACUAUGUCAGUAUACCUUAUCACAUGACCUCUUCUCUUCAACGUAUACGUUAGACAAAGCUCUGACUUGUAGAAAAAAUGAAAUUCUGUGCGCGUAUAUGCAACUGUAUAAAAUGUGGAUGAUGUCGUAAGAUCGGUUGCUUCUUGAUAUUUUGAACGCAGUUGAGUGAGUAGAAUUCCAGACCUAGUACAUUCGUGGGUUUCUAGAAUGUUUGGUAUUAAACUUUGAGGACUCUAAUGGGUAAACUAAUCAGAACUGGCUGGAGUGGGGGAAGUUUCUAAAGAAACUGUGGUCCUGAGUCGGUGGGAGAGUGUAAAAGGGUAAUUUAGUAUUAUCAAUUGAGUCAAUAACGUAAAUUGGCCACCUUAAAGAGUAACAAAGCUGACGUUUGGAGCGUUAGCCCUUCGUCAUUCACUCUGACGUAGGGAUAAGGCUAAAAACGUCAGCUUUGUAACUCUUUACGGUGGUCAAUUUAUGUUAUCAACUCAGUUGACAAAACUAAAUUAAUGAGAACUGGUUCUCCUCGGGCUUAGUAAAAGGACUACAUUUACGAUAGCGGGGUUUGCAAUCUAAAAAAAACUUCAAAAUUUGAACUCAACAAAACUUAGGAAUUUUAAUUCUAUUCUACACCAUCCCAUUCCAUAUACCACAAAACAUUUAAACUUUUUUUUGGCUUUUUAUCAGUGGAGUUACAUUACUUGGUAGUAAUGGUAAUAAUUGCGCUAACUUUUGAACUUCUCGUGAACAGAUUUUUUCCAUUAAACAUUACUGUGCCUGUCGAAACCGCUGCCGCUGCUUUGUAUAGGUCAACAUCGGUUAUUUCUUCUGGCUCAAUGGGAGCAGAAGUUCAGUUGAAGACUUCCACAACAGAUCAUAAGAACGGUAAAGCAUUUGCAUCUGUUAGAAUUAAUCAUAAAGGAAAAAACCCUGUUUACAGGUGAAAUAUUAAGUGAUUAAUUUCAGAGUACACAGAUCAAACUUGACGUAAUAUAAGCGAUCGAUUUCAUUUAAAAAGAAGCCGUUGUCGAAGAUAACACGAAGAAUAGUAUUAGAUAUGCUCCAAGCUGUGUCUAAGUUGUUUCUCUUGUCUCAGGACGCCCUCGUUAUUUUGGUGUUUCACCUGAGGUAGUUAUCCGUUAGAGCGAGAAAUUGUGCAUUUUACGUACAUUUAUCUGUACCUUCUUUGUCUGGUAGGGACAGGAACCACUUUGGCCGUGAUAGGAGUUGCGAUAGGAGCGAUUGCCGCAGCUUUAAUCGGAGUAGUUGUGUGGCGAAAAUUUCAAGCCCGCGGGGAAAGUCAAGAAGCACAGCAACUUAUGGAUUCUUGUGAAAUUUAGCUGUUAAGAAAUUUCAUUUUAAAAACAUAAUACCAUCACACUUUUCCAUUUAUUCUUUAGAAGUAUGUCUAAGAAACUUUCCUCUUCACAGAGGUGUGAGCAUUACCGCAACGCAAAUAAAGCGUAAAGACUACAGAUUGAGAUCCUGACAAGAAGUAAAAAGCGUAAAACUUGCACGUUUAUUAUCAUUGUUACACAGGGUGAUCUUUGCUUACACCAGCGUUCCUUGAUAGAUAAAGUAACAAAUGCAUCAAAUAUUAAAAACAACCUAAAUUUGCUCAGACCAAUACAAGGAUAAGAUAAAUGAUAUCCAUAAAUGGUAGCUACAGUAACUUCUUAGUAAUCUACAAGAAUAAGCAUUAAAUUGGAAAAAAAAGCGUCUUCCUUCCCCUUAUAGAAUUGGUUUGGUAAUCCGCAAUGGCCUUCUUUUAUUUUUCACCUUCAAUUCAACCAAAUAGGUGUAAUAUGGCCGA